GGGGUCGAUUCCUUUAAUUUCAGAAGGAUGUAGGUCUACUUGUAAUAAUAAAGUUUUUUCAAAAUUAAUUAAAUUAAGUUUCAUUUAUAGGACUGACUUUGAUGUGACGCAUCUAUUGAACGAAAAGCCAUAAACUAGCAAGCUGAAUUGUGGUAACGAUGGUAACAGGGGGGCGGAGACUUCUCUCGUUGCCUCUUGGGAAGCGCGGCCAGAACGUUCUGAAGAAGUUUGGCUUGUUACCCACGCCGUAGAUCGCGCUGCAUGCUGGGUCUUGGCAAUAUGGCGUCCUCCUUGAUGUGCUGAUGAGCGGAGUUUCACUGUAGCUUGAAACCAGAGGGCAAAACUCCCUAAACCCAAUAAGCCCACAUUACCCGUCUUUUCCGCGGCCCUGUGUAGCCUGUCUCUCAAGACUCGUUCUCAGACGGGCGAGAGCCAUAGGGCUGGAGGCCAGAACCGGCCAGGCCGCGCGGACCCAGGGCUGAGGAGCCGGCUGCGGGCGAGCACGAUGGGCCGGUCCUGGCUCUGGUUGCAGCAGCUUCGGCAAGUGCGCGACCCGCAGGGCUGAGAGUGGCUGCAGGAGACCUCAGGAGCUCUGAACCUCAUCCCCUCGGCCGAAGACCUCAGCCCAGUCGGCGAACCGGCACCAAGAGCGGGCGGCCUGCCUGUCCUCGGAUCGGCUGAGACGUUGGAGGCCGAGAGCAGGGUCAUCGUGAGGCCUGGAGUCUCGCACGCCUUUGACAGCUCCGCUCGCAGCCCCUCUGGGAACUGACGGCCUCAGAAGCAGCCGGUGGCUUGGGAACUGGGGGCGUGUGUGUGUCUGUGAGGAGCCUCUUGGUUCCCUCAUUUCCCACCCUUCUUCCCACCCCCUCCGACUUCCCGCGCAGAGUUAGAAGAAUCUCAGACUUUUUGCCUGAGUGAGGGUCUCCACACUCUCUCCACCCAUUUCUUUUUCUACUUCCCCCUUUUCUGUUUCUUAUUUCACCCAUUCUGGUACACACUAGUUUUCAAGGCUGGAGGUUCUCGAGCGUUUGCUGCCCAGGACUCCCCCACCCCCUCCCCCGCUCAUGGAGUCCGAGAUGCUGCAGUCGCCUCUCUUGGGACUCGGGGAGGAAGAUGAAGCUGACCUUACAGACUGGAACUUGCCUUUGGCUUUUAUGAAAAAGAGGCACUGUGAGAAAAUCGAAGGCUCCAAAUCCUUAGCUCAGAGCUGGAGGAUGAAGGAUCGGAUGAAGACUGUCAGUGUUGCCUUAGUUUUGUGCCUGAAUGUCGGUGUGGACCCUCCAGAUGUGGUCAAGACCACCCCUUGUGCGCGUUUGGAAUGCUGGAUUGAUCCUCUGUCGAUGGGUCCUCAGAAAGCUCUGGAAACCAUUGGUGCAAAUCUACAGAAGCAGUACGAGAACUGGCAGCCAAGGGCGCGGUACAAGCAGAGCCUCGAUCCGACUGUGGAUGAAGUAAAGAAGCUUUGCACGUCUUUACGCCGAAAUGCCAAGGAGGAGCGGGUCCUCUUCCACUACAACGGCCAUGGGGUGCCCAGGCCCACCGUUAAUGGUGAGAUCUGGGUCUUCAACAAGAACUACACUCAGUACAUCCCUCUGUCUAUAUAUGACCUGCAGACGUGGAUGGGUAGCCCCUCCAUAUUCGUCUACGACUGCUCCAAUGCUGGCCUCAUUGUCAAGUCCUUCAAGCAGUUCGCCCUGCAGAGGGAGCAGGAGCUGGAGGUCGCUGCUAUUAACCCAAACCACCCACUGGCCCAGAUGCCUUUGCCCCCGUCUAUGAAGAACUGCAUUCAGCUGGCAGCCUGUGAGGCCAACGAGCUCCUGCCCAUGAUCCCCGACCUCCCAGCUGACCUGUUCACAUCAUGCCUCACCACCCCCAUCAAAAUCGCCCUGCGCUGGUUCUGCAUGCAGAAAUGUGUUAGUCUGGUGCCUGGAGUCACACUGGAUUUGAUAGAAAAGAUUCCCGGGCGGCUGAAUGACAGGAGGACCCCUCUGGGCGAGCUAAACUGGAUCUUCACAGCCAUCACGGACACGAUUGCGUGGAACGUGCUUCCUCGGGAUCUCUUCCAAAAGCUCUUCAGACAGGACCUGUUGGUGGCUAGUCUGUUUCGAAAUUUUUUAUUGGCAGAAAGAAUCAUGAGGUCAUAUAACUGCACCCCCGUCAGCAGUCCACGCCUACCCCCCACGUACAUGCACGCCAUGUGGCAAGCCUGGGACCUGGCCGUGGACAUCUGUCUCUCCCAGCUGCCGACCAUCAUCGAAGAAGGCACAGCGUUUCGGCACAGCCCCUUCUUUGCUGAGCAGCUGACCGCCUUCCAGGUGUGGCUCACCAUGGGCGUGGAGAACAGGAACCCACCUGAGCAGCUUCCUAUUGUCUUACAGGUGCUGCUGAGCCAAGUGCACCGGCUGAGAGCCCUGGACUUGCUGGGAAGAUUUCUGGACCUGGGCCCCUGGGCAGUGAGCCUGGCGCUGUCUGUGGGCAUCUUCCCCUACGUGCUAAAGCUGCUCCAGAGCUCAGCCAGGGAGCUGCGGCCUCUCCUUGUCUUCAUCUGGGCCAAGAUCCUCGCUGUGGACAGUUCAUGCCAAGCUGACCUGGUGAAGGACAACGGCCACAAGUACUUCCUCUCGGUCUUGGCAGACCCGUACAUGCCAGCUGAGCACCGGACCAUGACGGCCUUCAUUCUGGCUGUAAUCGUCAACAGCUAUAACACGGGGCAGGAAGCCUGCCUCCAGGGAAACCUGAUCGCCAUCUGCCUGGAGCAGCUCAACGACCCCCACCCCCUGCUGCGCCAGUGGGUGGCCAUCUGCCUGGGCCGCAUCUGGCAGAACUUUGACUCGGCCCGGUGGUGCGGGGUGCGGGACAGCGCCCAUGAGAAGCUCUGCAGCCUCCUCUCCGACCCCAUCCCUGAGGUACGCUGCGCAGCUGUCUUUGCCCUCGGCACGUUUGUGGGCAACUCUGCAGAGAGGACGGACCACUCCACCACCAUCGACCACAACGUGGCCAUGAUGCUGGCCCAGCUCAUCAAUGACGGCAGCCCUGUGGUCCGGAAGGAGCUGGUAGUGGCUCUGAGUCACCUUGUCGUUCAGUAUGAAAGUAAUUUCUGCACCGUGGCCCUGCAGUUCAUGGAAGAGGAGAAGAACUACCCACUGCCCUCUCCAGCCACCACAGAGGGUGGGAGUCUGACCCCCGUGCGGGACAGCCCCUGCACCCCCAGACUGCGUUCCGUGAGCUCUUACGGGAAUAUCCGUGCCGUCACCACGGCUAGAAACUUAAACAAGUCUUUGCAAAACCUGAGCCUGACGGAAGAAACCGGUGGCUCGGUGGCCUUCUCCCCCGGGAACCUGAGCACCAGCAGCAGCGCCAGCAGCACCCUGGGCAGCCCCGAGAACGAGGAGUACAUCCUGUCCUUCGAGACCAUUGACAAGAUGCGCCGCGUCAGCUCCUACUCCUCCCUCAACUCCCUCAUCGGAGUUUCAUUCAAUAGUGUUUACACUCAAAUUUGGAGAGUCUUGCUGCAUCUGGCUGCGGACCCCUAUCCAGAUGUUUCUGACUUGGCUAUGAAAGUGCUCAACAGCAUUGCCUACAAGGCCACAGUGAACGCCCGGCCUCAGCGCAUCCUCACCACCUCCUCCCUUACGCAGUCGGCGCCUGCCAGCCCCACCAACAAAGGCAUCCACAUCCACCAGGCGGGAGGCUCCCCUCCAACAUCCAGUGCAAGCAGCUCCAGCCUGACCAACGACGUGGCCAAGCAGCCGGUCAGUCGAGACCUGCCUCCAGGCCGGCCGGGCGCCACAGGCCCCGUGGGGGUACAGUACACACCCCACUCCCACCAGUUCCCCCGGACGCGGAAGAUGUUCGACAAGGGCCCAGACCAGACCACCGACGACCCAGAUGAUACUGCCGGGCACAAAAGUUUCAUCUCGGCCACGAUGCAGACGGGGUUCUGCGACUGGAGCGCGCGGUACUUUGCCCAGCCUGUCAUGAAGAUUCCGGAAGAGCAUGACCUGGAGAGUCAGAUCCGCAAGGAGCGGGAGUGGCGGUUUCUACGGAACACCCGUGUCCGGAAGCAGGCGCAACAGCUCAUCCAGAAGGGUAUCACAAGACUGGACGACCAGAUAUUUCUGAACAGGAACCCUGGAGUCCCCUCCGUGGUCAAGUUUCACCCCUUUACGCCAUGCGUGGCCGUCGCUGACAAAGACAGCAUCUGCUUUUGGGACUGGGAGAAAGGGGAGAAGCUGGAUUAUUUCCACAACGGAAACCCUCGGUACACAAGGGUCACGGCCAUGGAGUAUCUGAAUGGCCAGGAUUGCUCCCUCCUGCUCACAGCCACAGAUGACGGUGCCAUCAGGGUCUGGAAGAACUUUGCUGAUUUGGAAAAGAACCCGGAAAUGGUGACGGCCUGGCAGGGACUCUCGGACAUGCUGCCCACCACCCGAGGUCUGGCCCGAAAGGUCUCAAUCUUUCUUGACCACAGUAAGCAGGGAGGAGCUGGGAUGGUGGUGGACUGGGAGCAGGAGACCGGCCUCCUCAUGAGCUCGGGAGACGUGCGGAUCAUCCGGAUCUGGGACACAGACCGCGAGAUGAAGGUGCAGGACAUCCCCACGGGCGCCGACAGCUGCGUGACAAGCCUCUCCUGCGACUCCCACCGCUCCCUCAUUGUGGCCGGGCUCGGCGACGGCUCCAUCCGCGUCUAUGACAGGAGGAUGGCACUCAGCGAAUGCCGCGUCAUGACCUACCGGGAGCAUACGGCCUGGGUGGUGAAGGCCUACCUCCAGAAGCACCCCGAGGGCCACAUCAUGAGCGUCAGCGUCAACGGGGAUGUGCGCUUUUUUGACCCUCGGCUGCCAGAGUCUGUGAACGUCAUGCAGAUCGUGAAGGGGCUGACAGCGCUCGACAUCCACCCCCAGGCAAACCUGAUUGCGUGCGGCUCCAUGAACCAGUUCACCGCCAUCUACAACGGCAGCGGAGAGCUGAUCAACCAUAUCAAGUACUACGACGGCUUCAUGGGCCAGCGGGUCGGUGCCAUCAGCUGUCUGGCCUUCCACCCACACUGGCCGCACCUGGCCGUGGGCAGCAACGACUACUACAUCUCCGUGUACUCGGUGGAGAAGCGUGUCAGAUAGCGGCCCCUCCCCACAGGCCGCCGUGUACAUAGGGGACCCACCACGCUGCCCUGAACACUGGCCCGAACCAGCUGCUGAGGGCUCGCAAGGGCCCGCACUGUCUGUCUGUCUGUCUUCGCUGUCAUGCCCAGGAGCCCAGAGAAGGGGGCUCUGCUGGAGUCCUUGGUGUGACGGUGGCUGCCCUGCUGAGACACGGCUCCCGGGCGGAGGGCACGGCCCUGUGCGUUCCAGUUCCCCCCGUCCUGCUGUCGUCUGAGGUUUAAGGGGGUAACACACUUGCUUUAUUUUCCAAGCGAUGCGAGCAUUAGUCUCCAAACCAGACGGAAGCCAGCUCCUGGGGCUGCGUCCCCCCCGGCGUGGGCUCCUAGGGUGGUCCGAGGCCGCUGGCUGAGGUGGAGGCUUGAGACUGAGUGAAGGACAGAUGGAGGUGGCCUGCCACCCGCUGGUUGUCACCCCAGGCCGUCUGGCCAAACCCCAGAGCCCGAGCGCACCCCUCCCCACAGGCAGGCCUCCCCUCUGAGUGUCGGCAGGAGGGGCUCCGGUUUGGAAGGAGAGGCAGGUCCCUUGGGCCACAGGGCCUGUUUCUCUCAAGUGCUGCUCUUCCCCGGCUGGUGCAGGGAACCCUGGCCUCCCCACCCGUGCCCCACAUGCAUCACAUGAGCACACGUGGAGGGGCCGCCCAGCCCCAAGUAUCCAGGGCUAAACGGCGCCGCCCCAACCCUCUGUCCCCACACACAUGGGGGCAGCUCACACCUGCAAGGGACACAGGAGGGCUCCCAGGUAGGCGGCAGCUUCACGCGUGACCAUUGCAUGCACGCAUCUGUGGAGGGGCCCUGAGCAGCCAUGCCUGGAACGCAAGACACAACCACGAUGAUAUUUUGAAAAUCAUUUUUUCCAUUUUCCUUGGGAAUCAGGAUUAUUCAAAGAUAGAGGAGUGAGCUGGCUUAGUUAAUUCUGCCGGUAAGAGGCCAACAAUAGUGGGAAUGUGAGGAAGAGCCAUGCUGUGGACCUGCGGGGGCUGUACAGGGCACAUGGCUGGGCCAGGGGCUGGACAUGACUGCUCCCCCAAGAAAGUUCCAGGACGGUGUCCACCGUGUGCUGGGUGAGUGAGCAGCGUGCGGGUAGGGAAGGCCACAGAAAGCUCAGCUCACCCAGUGCUCCAGACAUGGUGACUUGGGAACCUUCCAGAAGCUGAGCUCUACCCACAGAUGCCGAGCUGACUGCCCACAGCCGAUUUCACAGAGCAGUUCCACUCCACAUUUUGAGCUCACGUGUGGUUCUGUUUGUUUUGAGACAAAACUAUCCCCAGGCGAAGCACGGGGGCCCCAGUGGGGCUGUCUUCACAGGUCUGAUGCGAAAAUUCAAUCAUGAAGUUACAGAGGCUCGAGAGAGUGCGACCUAAGGGUUCAUUUAUCUCUAUUUAUUUUAUCAAAAUGAGAACUGAAAGACUUUGAUGAAACAUGGAAUUGUAACACAAAAAGCGAGAAGGAUAAACUGUUAAUAAAAGAUAAAUACGCAGA